CCCGAAGCUAAAUACACUUUUCUUGUGUACACAGACACUGACACCACAUCGCAACGCAACAAUGUCCGCGCCCGUCGUCCUCAUCACUGGCUGCAGCGGCAAUGGCAUCGGCUAUCACCUGGGACUGGCCUUCCAAAGGGCGGGCUGCCGCGUCUUUGUGUCGGCUCGCAACAUGGACAAGCUUGAAAAGAGCGGCUUCCCAUCGGGCGUGAGACUCGUGAAGCUGGACGUCGUCGACUCGGCCUCUGUACAGAGUGCCGUCGCGCAGGUCGAGGAGGAGGCCGGGCACAUUGACAUCUUGGUCAACAAUGCCGGUCAGGGCUGCGUCGGACCGCUGGCCGAGGUGGAGAUGAGCCGGGCGAAGCAGACAUUCGACACAAAUGUCUUUGGGCUGCUCAACGUCACCCAGGCCGUAUCCAAGGGCAUGAUUGCGCGUCGCAAGGGCAAGAUCAUCAACAUCAGCUCCAUCGUCAGCUUCGUGCCCACGCCUUGGGCCGGCAUCUAUUGUGCGACCAAGGCAGCCGUCACCAGCCUGAGCGACGUGCUGAGAAUGGAGCUGCGGGGCUUUGGGAUCGACGUCGUCUGCGUCUUUCCUGGCGCGAUCCAGAGUAGCAUCGGCCUUGCCAACGCGUCCAGCUUCCGUCUGGACCCUGCGUCGGCGUACUCGCCCCUGGCCGACAAGAUUGCAGCGCGCGGCAGCUGGUCGCAACAUCCACGAUCGACGCCGGCCUCUGAUCUGGCUCAGCAGAUCGUUCAGGCGGCACUUCAGACGCCCUCGACGGGCUACCUUACCGCUGGCUACCGUUCCACCCGGGCUUGGCUGAGCUACUAUCUCCCACACUGGGCCAAAGACUACUUCUGGGGCAGGCAGUUUGGCAUCGAGCAGGUUGGCAAGCCAUGAGAAUGAAGAUGUAGUCACGUUGUGAACAAUGGACAGGAUAUGACAAUGAUUUACCACGUCCC